AUGCCGGAUGAUGGUGAGCGUCAAAUCCUGUUUAUGCGUCAUAUCGCUCGCUUGUUCCGGAUAACAUAUGCGCUCUGGAACAAUAAUGGAAUUGUACUCGCAGCCAUGUUGUCCGCCUUGUUUGUUGUGGCAGUUGCGUUCAUCAUCGUUGAUGUUGUCACUGUCGAGGUCUCACAUGUUGCGAUCAACACGAUGCAAGGCAUCCGAGGCUGCUACCAGACCCCAUCCAGUGUUCAGGCUGGCACAAUAUUUGUUCUCUUGUUUGGGUUUCAACUAGGAAUCGCCUUCCUCACAAUCAUACGUGCCGUACAGAGGUGGCGGGCGGUCAAUUGCCCUCUGUACGAUGUCCUAGUGAAGCAUAACAUAUUUUACUAUACAUGCGGUCUGCUCCUCUCAGCCAUCAGCAUCCUAACGCAGAUGUUGUUGCCGAAAACUGCAUACCCCAUUGUCUGCAAAGUUUUCGAAUUCUAUUUCCUCGCGAUCUUGGCCACGCGCAUGCACCUCUUUCUCUGGCAGACCGACCGGCAGACGCGCGGCUCUGACACCCUCGUACAUAUUCCCAUGUCCGACGUGUUACCUGCAGACUCUACGGUUACUACAGUGUGA